AUGAUGAUGCAUCCCACACUACCGCCUGCGAUGACACAUAGUGAUCUCGACAGCUUCAGGUAUAAAAGAGACGCGGAAUAUAGAAAUAUCGAUAAAGAAGUUGAAUAUGUUGAGCACAUCGAGCGAACAAAAGUACAUCUGCCAGAGGACUUGGUUCAGACCGAGGAGGAAGAACAAAACCAUUGGUUUAUUGGUAGUAUUGAUCAAGGUACAACUUCUACAAGAUUCAUCAUCUUCAAUGGAGAAGGGCAACCUGUGGCCAUGCACCAGCAUGAAUUCGAAAACAUGUAUCCCGAGUCCGGAUGGCAUGAACAUGAUCCUCAAGAAUUGGUUGAUUCGGUGGAUGAGUGUGUAGAGAAGGCAACGGCGAAAUUCCUCGAUUUGGGAUACAAGAAAUCCGAUAUCAAAGCUAUUGGAAUCACCAACCAACGUGAAACAACCAUCUGUUGGGACACAAACACUGGGGAACCAUUGUACAAUGCCGUUGUUUGGGCCGAUACUCGAACCACGGCUCUUGUGCGCGAGCUCAAGGAAGCAGAGGGAGCAGACAAAAUCCUUCAAUUUUGCGGCCUGCCACUCUCGACAUACCCCUCAAGUGUCAAGCUUAUGUGGAUGUACCGAAAUGUUGAAGCCAUCAAGAACGCAUACGACGAAGGCAGAUUAUCUUUCGGAACGGUCGACUCUUGGUUGAUUUACAAACUGAAUGGAGGAAGGGAAGGUGGCAUUCAUGUCACAGACACUUCAAAUGCUUCUAGAACUAUGUUCAUGAACCUUCACACUCUACAAUAUGACGACAACCUCCUCAACUUCUUCCAACUCGACAGGAAAAACGUCACCCUACCAAAAAUUGUUCCUUCCUCCGACAAAGAAGCCUUUGGCAAGAUGGCUUACGGUGCUCUACAAGGCACGAGAAUUACUGGAUGUCUAGGAGAUCAAUCAUCCGCUUUAGUUGGUCAAUGUGGUUUCAAACCUGGUCAUGCGAAGAACACAUACGGAACUGGUUGUUUCCUUCUCUACAAUGUUGGCACCAAACCUGUCGUGUCAAAGUAUGGUUUAUUGGCUACUGUCGCGUAUGAUUUCGGCAAUGGUAGAAAACCCGUCUAUGCUUUGGAAGGUAGCAUUGCCGUUGCAGGUUCCGGUGUUAAGUUUUUGAUGAACAACCUGGGUUUCAUUGCACACUCAAGCAAGAUCACUGAAUUGGCAGAGACUGUCGAAGACAACGGUGGUGUGGUAUUCGUUACUGCUUUCUCUGGUCUAUUCGCACCAUACUGGAUUGAUGAUGCUAAGGGAACAAUCUUCGGUAUCACUCAGCACACACAGCGAGGUCACAUUGCCCGUGCAACCCUCGAAGCUACCUGCUUCCAGACCAAAGCCAUUCUCGAUGCUAUGGAGAAGGAUUCCGGACACAAAUUGGAAGGACUCGCCGUCGACGGUGGCAUGUCUAACUCUGACCUUUGCAUGCAAACACAAGCCGAUAUUCUCAACAUUCCAAUCAACAGACCAGUCAUGCGUGAAACCACUGCUCUUGGUGCCGCGAUCGCAGCGGGUUUCGCAGUGGGUAUCUGGAAGGAGUUCGAUGAACUCAAGGAGAUCAACCGUGACGACAGAACAAUCUUCAAGCCACAAGCCAAGCGCACAAAGGCUGCACGCAUGUUCAAGAAGUGGGAGCAAGCAGUUGAGAUGAGCAAGGGUUGGGUGUUGCAUGACGAGGAUGAUGACCAUGAUGAUCUUGAUUAG